CAAAACAAUCGUUCAGAGGAUCUCUCCGUUAAGUAACUCGUGAGUGCUUUGAGUACCCCGGUCCAAACGUAAGCGAAAUAAAACACCGGGCGUCUCCAUGUGCUCUCCAGGCUCCGCAAGCUUAACACACAGAGAACAUGAACCCGUCGCUACCGUUACCAAAGAGAACUCGCUGGUGUCCUGUUUCACUAAAAUAAUAAAGAUAAAUUUAAGAGCAGGAGAACCCGAGAGCUAUAGCUGGCCAGAGAGUAAUCGAGCAUCAACAGCAUGCUCUCGAUUGCUGCAGAAUUGGCAAGGAUGCAACACAUCUCUGAUAAUGACAUUCGGGAUUCAGUUUCUUGUGAACUACCGUUUGAUGCUAUCGUGUUUAUCGUAUCGUUCGCUAGGAAAACUUCCAUACACCCAGCGCAUAGUAUAUGUUUCGCCAUACGGUGACUGGUUAGAGGAAUUGUUUUCGUAUCACACCAAUCGGUUUAGCUAAGCGUGUUGAAGCGUGUGAAAAAUCCAGUGUUAAUGGAAUGUAAAUAAAUUAACGAAACCAAUGAAUGGGAGAGUUCUCCAUCUUGAAGUUUGGAUUGGAUUUAAGCACAGUAAAUGGAAUAUGUGUAUGUGACCAAUUUCAUGAAAGAUGUUGGAAACUGGCCAAACGUGAAGCUUUUCUUUUGCAAAGUGUCUCCAAAUAAUAAUGGAUUACAGUGCAAAUGGAAAAGAUAAAUUAUUUCCACACAAAAAAAAACAUACCAUGAGUCAGUGAAAAAAGUGUUUUACAAAUAAGACACAUGUGAUCGAAAAUUUAUCAGCAACCAAGUGGAUGUAAUGUAAGGAAGGAGAAAUAUUAACAAGUUUACUGAGUGUGCCUAACGUGUCAUUAGCUCCCGGCAUCAAUCCUAAUGACACUCGGGCUUAAUCCAGCAAAAUCUCGUUCAUAUGGUGUGAAAACUCAGUGUGUGAAACAAUUACAGCACUUUUCGUACGAGAUGGCUAUCAGCACAUGUAACAGAUUACCGUUCGCUAUUCGUGUUCCGCUCACUGCCAGUGGAUGAGUGCGUCUGAUUAUAUUAUCGUUUGUAAUCCUACCCAUUAUCUACGAAGCAACAAUUUACCCUAAGACAAGAUAGCAAAAAAAAGCAUCUCAACUUCCAGCAACAGCAUGCUGCCCGAGGAAUAAAUGAAAAGUUGCACAAACGAUGCCGUAGUCGACGUUUUCGUGACCAUCAUUUUGCAGUGUAAAAAUGUGCCAUCCGGUUGACGUCGUAAAAAUUAAUUAAAAGUUAAAUUAAACCUAUCGUUGUUCCACGUUGCCGCCCGCAACACGGGCCCGCAGCCACAGCUGACGGCAAAGGAGGUUGGUUUGCUAAAAGCACAAUGCAUUUCAUGUAAUGAGAUUGCUGCCGUUGCUGUAGCUGCAUCCGUUCCGGAAAACCACUUGUAUGCUGGAUCGUCCUGCCGGUGCUAGUGUGUGCAGUCGGUCGUGUUGGUCGUGGUCGGAUGAAUGGUUCGUCGCGCGUUCAAUGUUGUCGGUGGCUUGUCGAGGCUAGUGUGUCGGUGUGUUUGAGUGCGUGUGCGUGCGCUCGUAAGCUAGGAUCGAGAAGGCAAAUUCCCCAAACCCGCUCGGUGUACUGGCAGUGAUAAAUAUGCGUGACCCUUGUGGCCCUCAACCAGGAGAAACUGGUCGUUUCGGUGGUGCGGUGAUCCAGCCACGGCGGUACAGGCAGAAGGCGUUGUCUGCGGUGAAAAAGAGUGAGCAUAAUUUAGCGCUGUUGGUGACAUUCGCGUGGUUUGUUUGUGUGCGGAAGGUACGGAAAAGCCCGCCAACGGUUGCGAGUGUUUGUGCACAUCGGUAAAACAUCAGACCGUUUUACUGAGGCACCGGGGUAAGUCAGGCUCAACUUCGGCCGAAGCUGCUUGCUGGCAGUGCUGCGGCAGUCGAUAGUGACUCGACACGAAUUAGACGGAAGGAUAUUACCCAAAACCACCCACCCUAUUAAACAACGAAGGCGUUAAGCACGAGGGUUUUUAUCGGUACCAUCGGUCCGCCCCGAAAACUUGCCAUUUCCAAGAGCCCAUCUUUGCGCGUGAAUGAAUCGGUGGAUAGUUUUAACAUUGUGGAUUGGAAGCAACGUGGCACAAUUUAUCAAACCAUUUAUGUGCAGUUUGAAGUAAUUAGUGAAGAUGUUCAAUCAAUUACUCUUCUAUGUUGGAGUCUACAUACUACUGUUGCAAAGCAGAACCGAAGUUUCCGUCAGCUCAAGCAUGAUGACCACCACGACCGAGGAGUCUGCCGCUUUACAACCGUACUUUGAUUUUGACGUGCCCCGCAAUCUAACCGUAACCGUCGGUCAGACCGGGUUCUUACACUGCCGCGUAGAACGUCUUGGGGAUAAGGAUGUGGCAUGGAUACGGAAACGAGAUAUACACAUACUUACAACGGGCGCUUCAACGUACACCUCGGAUCAACGUUUCCAGGUUAUCCACCCAGAAGGUUCAGUCAAUUGGACGCUGCAGAUAAAAUAUCCUCAAGUGCGCGACACGGGCGUGUACGAGUGUCAAAUUAACACGGAACCUAAAAUGUCACUGUCCUACCUACUUAAUGUUAUUGAACUGCGAGCGAGAAUCCUUGGUCCAGCAGACUUAUUUGUCAAAUCAGAUAGCGAAAUCACGAUGACAUGCGUUAUUCAGCAGGGACCACACGAGCUAGGGACUAUUUUUUGGUACAAAGGAUCUACGCUCAUCGAGCCUAUGGCGCAAGAAAACGAACUGCUUUCUAGUGAAAAUCGUAGAAUUACCGUCGAAACAGAUUGGACAGAAGUUUUGACAUCUAGGUUAAAAAUCAAAAGGGUUGUACAAAGCGAUACAGGAAAUUAUACGUGCGUUCCAACGAUGGCAAAGUCGGCAAGCGUCUACGCCCAUGUGAUUAGCGGUGAACACCCGGCCGCGAUGCAGCACAAUGCGGCAUCCAAAGUGUCACACCAAACGUUUUUGCUGCAAACAACGUCAUGUAUCAUAUGUUUAGCAGAAGUAGCAUUAAUAAGAUAUUUGCUAGGCAAAGUCAGACUGAUUGGACGUUGUUUGGUCGGUGUUGAUCGAGUAAGAUGAAGCGUAGCAUUGCCCUGCAUUUGGCAGUAAUGUGCGAGACGGUGGCAUCUAAUUUCUAGAAACUCUAGCUUCUAAGAGGACAUUUUCCGGAUGCAGGGAUUAUUUCAGUUUCAAUACUAUUCGAACACUGUAAUAUUAUUUCAACGAAGAAGGUACGGCAUGUUUUUUUAUCAUCUGCAGAUAGACAAAGGCGUAGACUUUGAACACAUAGUUGAGUAGUGUAAAAAGGUAAGGAAAAAUUCACCACAUCAAGCUAAAAGAACAAACACACGAGUUCAAGCAAACUUCUUCAGGACCUUGAGACAGUCUCGGAAGGUAAAAUCACACUUGUGGGAAGGAAUUCGAUUACGUUUAUACUUUACCCAGUAGGUUCAACUGAACGUGAAACUGUACCUUGUAAAAGAAAACCGGUGCUCGUAAACUCAAAACCAUUACAAUUACUGCAAACAUUUUUUCUCCUUUGUUUUAUUUGGAACUCCUAUUUCUGUUCAUCCUGUAUCAUGCAAUAUUUUAAAACUUUUUUUUUAUUAUUUUUGCUGUGUUCGUUUCGUUCUUUAAGAAAAUUUAAAGUUAUUUAAUGAAAAAUCAAACAAUUAUUAAAUUAAGUUUGGUUUUUUUUUGCAUUUACAAUCGUUGAAUGAAUUUUUUUUCCUUGUUUUUUUUCCUAAUCACGUUUUUGUUUUUCCAUUACUCAACCUGAUUCGUUUUGCACUUCUCUAUCACUAGACCAAUUAAUUAUUAAUUGUCUUUUAAUAAACAAACGAAAGCGAUAAAGGGUAGAUUUGCUACCGAAGCACAUAAACUAAAACUUGAUGAAGCGAAUCGUAGCACGUACGCAGGUUGCGGUAAGCUUUCACUGGUCCUGUGUGGAAGCCUUUUAUGAGCUCCAUUAUCACAUCGAUGAGUCUCCUGCGGUGUGAAAAGGGGAACUUUGAUCUUUCGCUGGCCCGGCUAGUUUGAUGAUGCUUCCGAAUGUGACGCUUUGUUAAGACUGUUAAUUAAUUUGUCAUCACAUCUUCCGAACCGUCUCGGAUGCUGCCAGUCAGUGGGUAAAACGAUAAUCUUAAGUUUGUUCAAAAGUUAGAUCCGGUAUUUAAAACAACCCUUCUGGCGGAAGCUAGUGUCUUACCCUGUAACAGAUUGCUUUGGGGCCAUCUGUGGCCACGCUGAGGCAGCGCCAAACUUCGCAUUCUCACGAACCGGGCUGGUUGAUUAUUGUUGCAUGAGCAAAAUAAGCCGCCAACGAAGCCACCGGGGGCGGUAGUUGAAAAUAGAUGGUUGGAUUCAAGGGAUCAGGCCAAAUCCUACCACACACCUGGCCACGGCCAGCAUCGAUCGGUGAAAACCAAAUGUGAUUUUCUUUAACUAUACACCCACCGAACAACGGUGGUGCGAGCCGGUAUACUAUCAGCCCCAUAAUGGCUGCUUUCGGACAGAUGCUUUCCGGACUGUGGUCGAAGUUUUCGCUACGAGCAGUAUCGCACGUUGUGUGCGGUUAUUCUAAUCAUCCCAAGCCUACCGAUCCAUCUUAACGAGGAAACACCCUUAGGUGUACCGGAAAUUAUGCAAGAUGGACUACGAAACGGUUUUUAUCCCCAUCAUGCGAAAGGGAGGGAGUGUGUGUGUAUGAGAGAGAGAAAGAGAGAGCAAGUGUACGGCCAUAUGGUACAGGAUGUGGGUAUACCUUCAUUUUCAUUAGGUGUUAUGAUUUUUUUUACGAUUUUGUGUUUUCUUGAAACGUCCAACGUGUUUUCAUUCAUGAAUUUGAAAUUUUCACCGAUAAAUUUAUUCAUCAUCUUGUUGAACAAUUUAGGAAGCUAAGAUUUAAAUUGAAAUUUAGAUCGUUUCACUAAUUUGAUCACCUUUUGUUGGAAUUUUAUUCUUCAUUUUGGAAAAUUUUACUAUUCAUAAUGGCAUUGAAACAAUUUUUUAUCAUAAAUAAUUAUUUAGUUGUAAUCAAUUUUAUUUUUGAAUCAAUAGUAACAACGUCUUAAUUUAUUUCUUUCCCGUGGCAUAUUUUAUAUUAUUUUAUUACAUUUAAAAGGAUAGACAUCACGCAAACGACGAUAGUAUAAUUAUAUUGUACAUAUUACACGAUUUAAAUUUCACCAUACUGCAGAACUAAUCAAUUGUAUCAUACAGACACACCUUAAAGGACACGAACAGUUAUCUGUAGCGUAGCACAUCAUGUCACUUUGAAAAUGAAACAACAAAACACACAUAAACACUUUGUACAGUGCGCAACACUCCGUAGGACGUAGUAUGAUUACCGAUAGAAUAAUUUGCCUGGAGCAAUCAUUAGGACAAUAGCCGAUUUGAUUUGAGAUUUGUUUUUUGUUGCGCUUUUCCUUACUUAGUCACGAAUGCUCACGAAUGCGUUAUGGAACUUUGACAACAGCGCAAGUUUAUGAAUACAUACAGCACAUUACAUUUGCACGCACAUUAAAUUGUUUUAACUGAAACAAUAAAUUAACGUUAUUUGAUUGAAACCAUGGCUCAUUUCCCCAUAAGAAUGCAACACAAAAGUGGAUGCGAUGCUGGUAAUGAACUCUCUAGAGAACGAAUUUAUUUUCUUUGCUCAUUUUAUAUAAAAGAAGAGGCAACUUUUUCUUUCAUACAAUUAAUUUUGAAAAAAAAAUCACAUUCUUAACUUAAAUUUUUAAAAACUUUUAAAAGGAAAUGAAAAAGGAAAGAUUUGUGAUGAUAAAUUGUUAAAUUGAGUAUAAUUUUUAAAUUUGUUAUAUUAUGUCUAAAUUUGUUUUUAUUUAAGCUUUAACAAAGCUAUAAAGCACACAGAAAAUCAUGAAAUGAAAUUUAACAUUGUUUUAGAUAAAUGACAUAUUGUUUACAUAUACUUCGUCAACAAAACCAAAACAAACUUGUAAAACAAGAACACUCAAUCUUUGAAAAAGGAAAUAAAACCAAAAUAGAGUUGUUUCGAACUAUUUUAA